AUGCGCAGGCGUAUUGUAGGUGGUAUUAAAGUGAGCAACAGACGCGCACAACGAGAGAGCGAUCAGGGGUACAAAGCACCCCCGCAACGAAACGAAUCGAGACAAGAGCUACAGACUAGUUCUAGCCCCUCGAAAAUCGCUCUGCUACUGUCAGACACCAAGAUAUCCUGCACCGCUCUGAAUCGUCCAAACGAAUCUCGAACCCCCCCUUCGUGGCCACAGGAGGGGUCUAUUUAUAAGGAGACGGAUCUCUAA